AUAUUCGAUCGGGAUCGGAAGACGUAUAAUAAAGUAAACACGAUGUACAUUGUUAGCAAAAAGACUGUUUCUUUGAUUUUGAAUUUUCUCUUAUUGGUGAUCGUUCUUCUGUCCUGGGUUUACACAAUCAUAGCAGGCAGGUAUGCAACAGUGAAGCAUCUGAAUAAGCUGUAUCCUACCUCAUAAACUCGUCAUGGAGGUCAUCAAUGAAAAUUCCGCCAUGCUGAGUAACUAUGAAGUGUAUAGUUUACUAACUGACAUUCAGGCAGGGAGGGGACAAAACAAACCAAACAAACAUCAACAACAGUUGGCCACCAUCACGUAUGAGACCAUUAAAUACCUAGAGACAAAGCCCUGUAAGAUCCAGUCACAGGAGAGCAUUGUUGAAUUCAUGAAAGAACUAGAGCCUUACAAUUUAACCAAGGCAGAAAAAGUACAGAUUCUGAAUCUGUGUCCCACCACCGCUGUGGAAAUCCAGCUUAUUGUGGAGGAGAGUGAGGAACGCUUAAUGGAAGAUCAGAUAUAUAGCUUGUUGGAGGUCAUAACUAAAUAUAACCCCACGGAGGAGGAGGAGGAUGCUGAAACAGAGCCCACAAAUGAUUGACAGAGCCCUGUAUAGCUGUAUGUAUGUGUACUUAGAAAUAGACGCAUUCAUAACUAAAUAUUUGUAUUUGAGGGAAAUUGUGUUGUACAUUUAUUUCAUGUGAUUGGACACUAAAAACAUAGAUGUUACACAUGUCCUCUUUAUAGGAAAUUAAGAUAUAUUUUAGACAAGUUUUCUAGUCUUUUGUCUUGGGCAUACCUUUAUAAGUAAACAAUGAAUUCUCAUGCUGGACAGAGAUUAAAAAUGAGAUAACCCUCAGCCAGGCUGAUUGUGAAAUUUGAAUUGAACUCAUAAUUUAUAAACCAUUCAGAUUCAUUUCGAAUUUGAAACCUUUUCAUUUAAUGAGUUGACAUAAGAAUCCAAAAUAUUGAAUCAAUUUUGAUGUUGGAUAAUCUAAAGGAAUCUGUGUUAUUUUUCUUAUCAAGAGAACAGUUUGUUUUUAAGCAUUACUAUGAUGUACAUUGCAUUGACUUUGUAUACAAAUGAAUUUAUGCAAUAAUAAAAUUCCUUAAAAUUUA